UAAGCCCAAGAACAAUUACUUUUAAUUGUUAUAAUUCUGAAGAAGAAAAAUGAAUUAUAUUUUACGACCUGAAGUAAUAUGGAUUGAGGGACGAUGUUACAGAAUAAACGAUCCAAAUACAGAAGUUUCAGCUCUCCAAGAACAUGAUUUAUACGAAGAUGAAAUAACAUUUCAAGAUGCGGGCGAUGAUGAUUCGGAUGAUGAUUUUGAAAUAAUUGAAAUAGACAGUAAUAGAUUUUCUACAAACCUUCAUGUAUCAAAGCAUUAUAUUGGAUCAAUUAUAGGGAAAAAAGGAAUAAUGAGGAGCAGAAUUGAGAGGGAUACCCGAACUAAUAUAAAAAUACCAAAACAAGGAGAAGCGGGCGACAUUACAAUACUUGGUCCCAGUGUUACUAAUGUAAAAGCGGCUCGGAGAAGAAUCAACAUCAUAAUUAUGUCUUCAAGAAUGAAACAAACACCAACUCAUUUUAUAUCAAUUCCUUUAAAUGAUCCAAUUAUAAUGGAGAAUUUUGAAAAAUUCAAGCAAAUUGUGUUGCAAGAAGUGAAAGGUGUAGACGAAUCAUUAUUUAUAAAAUCACAAAAACUCCAUAUUACAAUUGGUGUGAUGUGUUUAAUGGACAAUGAAGAAAGGUUACAAGCAUCUAAACUAUUGAGUGAGGCAAAAGAUAAGAUUAUAAUGCCUUUAAUACAAGAGAACUUACCUCUACGAAUAAGAUUGAAAGGUUUAUCGUACAUGAAUGAUGAUCCGAAAAAUAUACAUGUAUUGUAUGGAAAUGUUGAAGAUGAAGCCGGCACUGACAUAAUUCAGACGAUAGCUGAUGAUUUAGUCAAUUUCUUUUAUAAAGCAGGAUUUAUGAGAAUUAAUGAAUACGGCAGAGACAGGGUUAAAUUGCAUGUCACAUUAUUAAAUUCUAAAUAUAGGAGCAAAUCAACAAACAAUGAUGAAACUUCGACCAAUCGUAGAAAUGUUAAAGAAGCAUUUGAUGGUUCUGAAAUAUUGAAAAAAUUUGUUGAUUACGAUUUUGGAGUUACAGAAAUAACUAACAUACAUCUAUCUCAAAGAAAGACAUUGGGUGCUGAUGGAUAUUACCAACCAACGUUUGUUGUUACUUUAAAUAAAAACUAA